CACCUCCUUCCCGCGAAGCCACCGCCGAAAACCCAAAACGAACCAUCGCCGCCUCCGCCGCGCCGCGGAAAGCCUACAAUGGUUCCACCGCCGCGACCGCCCGGUGGCGGCAUAGACAAGUACGACUUCUACUACUGGCUCGGGUGCCAGAUCCUCGCCCUAGGCAAUUCGAUUAAGCUCAAGCUCGUCGAGGCGAUCCAGGACGGGGAUGUCCGCCGACUCAAGGGGCUGGUCAAUAGCAUGAAAAAGAAGACCAGAGAGAAGCUUUCCGACAUGAAUGUUGAUCGCAUGGGGUUGCUACAAUUGGCCGUGCACCUAGGAAAACUGGAGGUAUGCAGGUACUUUGUGGAGGACCUCGGGUUUGACGUGGAGCGUGGUGGCAGCUGUGAUGGUGUGACACCUUUGGGUGGUGCAUCAUUGUUUGGAGAAGUGGCUUGUGCCAGGUUUCUUCUUGACCAUGGAGCUGAUCCAAAUAAGAUGGACAGCCAUUGUUAUGUUGCCCUGCACAAUGCUGCAAAAAAUGGGAAUGGAGAAAUAAUACGACUGUUAGUAUCCAGAGGAGCCAGGGUUGAUAUAGCUGCUCCUCAUGGGACACCGCUACAUAUUGCUGCUUCCUAUGGGAACACUGGUGCUGUGAAGAUCUUACUGGAGCACCAUGCAGACCCAAACAGCAUUUCAGAAGUGUCAGGCAGCCCUCUAGUUUCAGCUCUUCAACCUAACAAACUAGUGAAUGAAUCUGAUUCGCUGGAAUCCGUGAAGCUACUUAUCAAGGCUGGUGCUGAUGUGAAUUCUGCUAGUCCAAACACUCCCUUGGUGGUAGCAACUGUGAAUGGCUUGACUGAUUGUAUUAAGUAUUUGCUGGAGGCAGGUGCAGACGCUAACAUUCCAAGUAAUCAGUCCGGCCAGAGGCCAAUCCAAAUUGCUUCAAGAUUGGGAAGAAGAGAUCAUGUGGAGAUUCUUUUCCCUUUCACUUCUCCGCUCCGAACAAUGUCAGACUGGAGUGUUGAAGGAAUUAUUGCUCAUGAAAAAUCACGGUCCUCACUGUCCAAGGUCAAUACCUGUAACAAUCUCAAUGAUAGAAAGGUCGAGCUGAGAUUACUUGGAGAAAAAGCAGUCAAGAGGAAGGACUACAAUGGUGCGUUGGAGCUCUACUCUGAGGCGAUUGGGCUAGACUCCUUCGAUGCAACCUUGUAUUCAAAUAGGAGCCUUUGCUAUCUAAAAAUUGGUGAAGCCCAGAAGGCUUUGUUAGAUGCUGAGACUUGCAUAAACAACCGACCUGAUUGGGUCAAAGGUUACUACCGGAAAGGAGCUGCUCUUAUGUUGCUCAAGGAGCACAAGAGAGCGUUGGAUGCGUUUUUGGAUGGACUGAAAGUGGAUCCUACCAGUGCUGAAAUGGAGAAAGCAAUGCGGGCGGCGCUUGAGGCCGUGAAAAUGGAGAGUGUUGCUGUUUAACGUCAGUAGAUGAUCCUGCCUCCUGCUGAGUUUGGAUGGGAUGAUCCUUUACGUACAGCUUUACUCAUUUUGCUCAAAAUGUCACCACGACUCUACUUAAUUUGGUUGUAUCGCGUGGCAUGUUUUUUUUUUAAAAUUCGUUGUUUCUGCCUACUUUCAUGACGGUGUGCCCUCUUUGCACAACUCGGAGGAUCACAUCAGACGGUCAGACUAGUCGGUUUUCCAAACCAAAUAUAGCAGAAUACAAAGUUUGGCACGGCAAGCUUCAGAUCAGUCGGAGCGCAAUGUCAUUAGGCGUGAUUGGUUCCAUGGAAUUCAUUUUUUUCUGUUUAGGUAAAGGAAUGGAUUUGCAACACGAUCAUCGGCAUGUCAUGUUUGGGCCUCA